UUCAAACCGCCGAGAUAAAAAUAGCAUUAUAUAACUAUAAUCGCUAUUAAAUAUACAAUACGUCUUCCCUUUAAUAAACAUAGAAGUAAUUAUUUUCUAGCAAAGCCAUCCAGUUUUAACAUGGCCGUCGCCGACAUUCAGUCUAUUACCAUUCCCCCCUCAGCGCCACACACGCAUACCGUCGUCUUUCUACACGGCCGCGGCGACAAUGCACGCAACUUCGUCGCCUCGCUGAGUCGCUCACGCACCUCCCAGGGCCAAACCCUGGCCGAUGCCCUCCCCUCUUUCCGCUGGGUAUUUCCACAGGCCCCGAUGCGUCGAUGCGCCAGUUCUCCCGACACCUGGCCGCAGUGGUUCGACGUCUGGAAUGUGCGAGACUUUGCCGAGCGCGAGGAGCUGCAGGCUGAGGGGCUCAAAGAGGUCGUACCAGCUAUCGAAGGCAUCCUGGCCAGUGAGGCAGGACAGCUUGGAGGACGGUGGGACCGAGUCGUCCUCGCGGGGAUCAGUAUGGGCGCCGCCACUAGCGUGCAUACACUGUUCAACCUAGACGCGCCUUCGCACGGCGGCGGCAGGCUUGCUGCGUUCCUGGGCUUUUCAGCCCGCUGUCCGUUUGUCGGCAGGACGCUCUUCGAGAUGCGGCGUGUGCUCAGCCUGGCUGAUGUCCCGGAUCAUGAUAAUGUCCUUCGAAACACCCCCAUGCUGCUCGAGCACUGCGUCGAUGAUCCGCUGGUUCUGGUUCAGAAUGGUCGGCUACUGAGAGAUGCGUUGCAAGAAUACGGUGCGCAGGUGGAGUGGAAGGAGUAUCCAGCUGGAGGACACUGGUUCAACUCGCCAGCUGGCAUGGACGAUGUCGUUGACUUCAUCAAGCUGCACGUCGUGGGAGUUGCUGCAUAACGAUUACAGAUACAUGCAUGAUAUACGAUGGUGUCACAUGGUUGGAUGUUCCUGUGACAUUGCUAUUAAUCAAAAAAUCAUUCAAUUGUUGCAUUCACCUAACUUAUAGAAUUAG